AGAGUUGUGUUCUGUCUGUCUGUAUGUCUUGUCCUAAUAAGAGUCCGCCGUUAUAAAAUCCGUGUUCUGUUUCUCCCACACCGUCUCUUCCGUGUGUCCUUCUCUCUCUCUCUAUAUAUAUAAAACUAAAAACUUAUCUCCAACCAGAUCACAGUACAAUACCAUACGACAUGAAGACUAUGCAGCAAACUUGCGACUUGGAACUUCGUCUUUCUCCAACUUCUACUUAUGAUUAUUCUUCUUCCGAAAAUACAUCUAGUGUGAUAGAAUCAAGCAUCUCUGGAGAUCAUCAAGUACAACCAAAGGAAGAAUCUCAGAGAUUAACAAUUUUCUACAAUGGGAAGAUGUGUGUUUCUUCUAAUGUUACCCAUCUUCAGGCUAAGUCGAUAAUAUCAAUGGCGAACAGAUCAAACGGGUCGGAUCCUUCAAACGAGUCGACCCGGUUUCAUCAUAAUCAUUAUGAUCAUCAGCUUCCAAAUCCAAAGGCCUCAAUGAAAAGAUCCCUCCAAAGUUUUCUUCAAAAACGGAAAAUUCGAAUUCAAGCCGCCUCUUCACCUUAUCACCAUCACCAUUCAAGACGAUAGAGUUUUUUUUUUCUUUUUUUUUUUGGUUUUUGUUUGAUAUAAAUCUAAGUGAAAUUCACAGUAGAUUAUGUUUUUUCAUCAUAUUAGAGAAGUAUACCUAAUAUACCAUGUAGUAUUUGAUUUAUCCCAAGAGCGAUAUUGAAUCUGAUUUUUUU